AUGGAACAUGAGAAAACCAUUAAGGAACGCAAAAUUAAGAAGUUCCAUCGGGACUACUCAGAUUAUCAACGGGGCAAACCUUUUGAGGAUGCUGUCUCAAAGAAAAUGAAUGUUGCAGACAAACAUGAUUUGCAGAAGACUCAAGAGAGCCAGGAUGCUGGAAACAUUUCUAGUAGAAGGCUACCAGAGGCUAGAACUACUUCUUGCCAAAGGGAACCAGAGGCUCAAACUGUACACAGUGCAAUCAACAAAUAUAAACUCCAGCCAUUGGAAGAAAAGGGUCAAGAUAAUGCAUGCAACAGAGAAGAUGGCAACCAAAAUGAUGUUGUUUCAGAGAAACUGGAUGCUACAGGCAAAAAUAAUUUACAGGGGAAUCAAGAGAUACGAGAUGAUGUGAUCACUUACAACACAAGAGAACCAGACCCUCAGACUGCACACAGUGCCAUCAACAAUGCAAAUCUUCAGUCCCUGGAAGAAAAAGGUCAAGAUAGUUUAAUCAGCACAGACAAUGGCAGCCUAAUUGUAAGUGCUAGUGCAGUCAAUGCAUUUGUUUACUUUAACAACACUGAAUGUGAACACAAGUUCCAUGUGAAUGUGGUUAUGGUUAAUCUUGUGAAAGAUGCUGUCUCAAAGAAAAUGAAUGUUGCAGACAAACAUGAUUUGCAGAAGAAUCAAGAGAGCCAGGACGCUGGAAACAUUUCUAGUAGAAGGCUACCAGAAGCACAGACUACUUCAAUCCAAAGAGAACCAGAGGUUCAGUCUGCACACGGUGCAAUCAACAAUGAGAAACUCCAGCCUUUGGAAGAAAAGUGUCAAGAUAAUGCAUGCAACUCACAAUAUGACAACCAAAAUGACGCUGUGUCUAUGAAAAUGAAUGUUGCAGACAAACAUGAUUUGCAGAAGAAUCAAGAGAGCCAGGAUGCUGGAAGCAUUUCUAGCAGAAGGCUACCAGAGGCUAGAACUGUUUCCAGCCAAAGGAAACCAGAGUCUCAAACUGUACACAGUGCAAACAACAAUGAUAAACUCCAGCCAUUGGAAGAAAAGGGUCGAAAUAAUGCAAGCAAUGGGGAAGAUGGCAACCAAAAUGAUGUUGUUUCAGAGAAACUGGAUGCUACAGACAAAAAUAACUUACAGGGGAAUCAAGAGAUCCAAGAUGAUGUGAUCACUUGCAACACAAGAGAACCAGAGCCUCAGACUGCACACAGUGCCAUCAACAAUGCAAAUCUUCAGUCCCUGGAAGAAAAAUAUCAAGAUAGUUUAAUCAGAACACAAAAUGGCAGCCUAAUUAAAACUGCAGAUGCCAACCAUCCAUCAAAAAAUUUGGAUGCUGGAAGAAUCCAGACUGAUGAUGUCAUUACCUGCGUAACUAAUGAAAACAGUAACAGCAGUAAGUCACAUGUUAUGGAAGGAGAUGACAUACCCACUAGUACACAUAAUCUGAAAUCUGGAAACAAAGAUGAACAGAAGAGGAACAUGAACAACACUGAUGAAAAACAAUCAACACAAAACCAAGUAUUAGAAUCAGUGAACAGACUUGAGGAUUCUCAAAGAGAUAUGAUGCCUCCCACUAAUGUUACAGGACUGCCAUCACAAAAUAAAAAGGAAAAGGAAGUUAACAGUCAUGUGGUCAGUGAAUGUAGUACAGAAGCAGUCAAUAAGGAGCCAACCACCAAUGAGAAGAUACUGAAAACUAUAGAUGUCAGCCAUCCAUCAAACAAUAUGGAUGCCAGCAGAAUCCAGAUUGAUGAUGUCAUUACCUGUGCAACUAAUGAAAGCAGUAACAGCAGUAAGUCACAUGUUAUGGAAGGAGAUGACAUACCCACUGGUACACAUAAUCUGCAAUCUGGAAACAAAGAUGAACAGAAGAGGAACAUGAACAACACUGAUGAAAAAACUACAGAUGUCAGCCAUGUAUCAAAGGACAUGGACAGUGGAAAAACUCUGACUGGUGAUGUCAUAACCAGCACGACAAAGGAAAGCACUGACAGCACUAACUCACAGGCUGCGGAGGCAGAUGGCAUGCUCAGUAGUACAUGUAACCUACAGUCUGGAAACAACGAUGAUCAGAAGAGGAACAGGAACAACACUAAUGAAGUAAAUCUUAUUUUCAGCUUUGACUUAUUUAUAUUACUUAAAGUAUCUUAA